AUGGAGGGUCUUAUAGCAAGACUGAAUCAAGAGAUAGCGGUGAAAGAUUACCUGAACAAAGAGGUUAAUGAUUUAGGAGGGGAACUUGAAACUAUUAAGCAGAGAAGCAAAGAGAAUUUGGAGCAAGCUAUUUUGACCGAGAGGGAAAGAUGUACUCAGAUGCAGUGGGAUAUGGAAGAACUUAGACAAAAAUCUUAA